AUGGAAGAGCACACAUGUCUCAUACGUGAAAACUCAUCAAACCUACUUCUCAAUAAUGGAACUCAGGAAUCACUUCAAGUGACCAAAGGUCAGAAUUCAAGGCAAACAAUGACAACUCUUGGUGCAGGUAAUAUGGCAUUAGCGACACCUUCUGUUGCUGCUGACGAGGGACAAACCAAAGGAACAAAAGGAAAGGGUAAAAAAAGAAGUGAAGAAAGAGUGAGACCAGAAGAACAGGCAAGUUUAGUGGAUUAAAUUACCACUGAUAACUUUCAACUCAGGCUUUACUUGUCCUUUGUGGUUAUUAUUAUCAGUGGCAAUAUUAGUAGCAAUAGUUGUUUUCAUCCUUAUCUGUUUUCUUUUGUAGUGAGAAACUAUAUUAUCUCCCAUGCAUGCGACUUCAUCAUUUUUCAGACCAGACCAGUUUCCAUACAUUUCCUUUUAUUCAAUUCUUAUAACCUUUUCUCUAAACGAUUUGUGGAUAUUGUCAGGAGAAAUUUGAUUUUGGUCACUAUUCAAGGGCCACUAGUUCAUCAGUUUUUACUGUCAUGUGCUAUCCUCAUUAAAUGAAGUUGUUACUUACUUACUUAUUGGGAAGUAAAGGAUUUAAGUAACAAAAUCAUUGUUGUUAUUAUCUACAGAGCAUAGAGGAGAGGUUAAAAGCAAUAAACACAGCAUCUGCUGACACACAAAGGUACUGCAUGGAGACUACAAUGUCAUAAUGAUGUUAUAGGCAUUAUUAUUUUAUUCUUCACCAGUUGGUCUACAUGGAUUGUAUUUCUAUGGGAUUUUUUGUUUGUAAUGUUUACACCAGAACUUAGUUAUAGCAGUUUCUUAGACAACUGAAGAGAAACUGAGUAAACUUAAAAAAUUGCCCUAGUCUUAAAAUAUUAAACCAGUUCAUAAUACAACCGAUGCCAGAUUAGCUCAGUUGGAUAAGUGCUGGUCUGUUAAGCGAGAGGCCACCAGUUGAAACCCCCGGCUUAGGGUCUAAGUUGUGGGUCUUCAAAUAACUGAGGAGAAAGUGCUGCCUUGGUAAUGACAUUUGCAAACGGUUAGACUUUCUAGUUUUCUUGGAUAAAGCUGAUAAAGCAUAGGCCCUGUGUCACAACCCUUGCACCUAUAAAUUCUGUGGGACGUUAAGGAACCCAUCUACACUGUUUGUAAAGAGUAGGGGACUUAGUCCCUGGUGUGGUAGUCUAUCUCUCAUGGGGGAGGGACUAUUACAGGCCUACAGUAAUAUUGGUGCCAUGCACUGUUGCAGUGACCCUGCCAAGAAUUGCCGAACCUAAGUGGAUAUCAUGGUUCAAAAACAAAUUUUACGAGCUUGAAAGUAGAUGGAGAGGGUCUGUAAGCUUUUAAACUCUGUUCAUCCAACCUAGUAAUGGUCCCAAUAGUCUUUAAAAACUCCUUCAGUUGAGUAUCAAAACAAUGUAUCCUAUUCUUUUUAGAAGAAAAGCAAGUGGUCCCCCGACAGCUGAUUCAUUAGUGCAGAUGUUAAUACAGGCUCUUCAUAGUCAAGAUAACAAUCUACUGGAGGUACACAUGAUAAUACUCUGCAAGAAUACUAAUCUCUUUCAACAAGGGCCCAUACUGGAAUAAGUGCACUUCCCCAACAAAUCACCAUUUCUGCUUGGCCAAACUAGCACAAAAGCACACCUCUCCCUCCUUGCCUUCUUAAACAGUAAAUUAAGAUACCACAAGAAAAUUCUCUCUUUUUUCCCACGUCUACAGUUGUUUAAAAGUGAAAUUCAGCAGCAGUAUUACUGGAAACAAUUCCUUUACCAUCAAGUCAGCUCUAGUUCAAUCACCUGCAUGUGCUGGCAGAGUUCUAUUAUAAAGAUUUAGCCAAAAGAAAGUUUCACCUUAUUAAAGAGAGAACAUGGAGAUGGCUCCUCUCCUGGUCAAGAACCCUUUGUUAAAUAAGUGCCCUCCCCCCCCCCCCCACCCCUUUUGACCAGACACUGUAUGCUUGUUCAACGUAAAUGAAUCAUUGACUAUUCUAGAAGGCCUCUUAUAAUGUGUGGCUGAUCAACUGUUCUUUGUUAUUCCAGGAUGUUUUAUGGCAAGGGGGAAAAAAGGAAACAGUCAUGAAAAAUACAAUUAAAGGACUUCCAGUCACACUCACUGUUCCAUUCUUGACAGAGGUUUGUUGGACAUUUUUUAUUAUUCACUGUUUUGUCAGAUCCCCUUUGUUCUGUUGUAUAGAAAUCUGACAAAAUUGUAGCUGCAAAGUUGAUGGGUUCAUUUAUUUGUUUGUUUUUUAUUUGUUUUUGCAGCUUGUUCACAAGAUUGAAGCCAUGCCUUGGAGGUAAGUAUUGCUGGAGUCUCCAUUUUAAGUAGCCUCAUGUUUGCUUGUAAGGAGAACGGAGAAGUUAAGACAAAAUCUUUAAUCACUUAGUCCCUUUAAACCCAUUUGUACAUUCCUUUGUUAUUUUAAAUUUAGUUGCCUGAGAAAACAGCCAACAUUUUGCAUUGCCACUAUAGCGACUGGUUCCACUUUGCCAUUUGGCAGUGAAACCAGUACUGCUGCCAUGAAAAGUUGGCUGUUUCUAGGCUGUUAACCUAAUCAUCCUUUCACUAUUUAGUGUAUCUUCAGAACUUACCAUAGAAGCCUUGUCUUAUGGUGGUCAAGUAUACUUAUCCAGCUUUUUUCUUUAUUUGUUCUAGAGGAGCACAAUUAGUGCUAUGGAUCAAACAAAUUUUAAGUAUUCAUAUGGCUUAUUUAAUGACGGUAAGAUGUUAUCUCUUUGAUGUCAAAGAGUGCAUUAUAUUGAUUAUGUGGGAACAUAAAAUUGCAACCAAGGAUGAAAAUGAGCCACAUCACAAACACUUAGACUGUUAAUAAUAAUGUAAUAUUUUUUCUGCUUUUUUUUAUUAAGGUCCCAGACCUCGUGAAGACCCUUGGUGGACUAUACGCCAUGAUGGAGUCACGUGUGAGCACUUAUGGUAAACUGUGCAAACUGCAAGGUCGUUUGGAUUUGAUGCUGUCACAGGUAUGGCUUUAACCCUUUAAGCCCCAGUAACCACAUACAAAUUCUCCAAACUGAUCUCCAUACAUUUCCUUAAAGAAUUAGUUGAGAGAAUUGGAUAAAAGAUCAAGGCAUUUUUACUUGGGUGAUCAUUUUAUUAAUUCUCAGAACUUAUCUGUUGACAGUAUAUGGAUAUUGUUAGGAGGAAAUUCAUCUUGGUCACUAUUGGCACUUAAAGGGUUAACUCUCCAGUUCAUCCUCCUGUGCCAAGGCUCAUACUAUAAGAAUUUUUUGGAUCAAUUUAUGUUACUGGAAACUGCCCACCUACCCCUCGCCUAAGCUAACAUUAACACUUACCUCUUACUUAGGGGAAAAUGUUGGCUUAGGGGAGGGGUAGGUGGGCAGUUUCUCUGAAACCUAAAUUGAUCCAAUUUUUUUGUACUAAAUGUGUUACAGUCUUACAAAGGAGGUUUGGACACAGUUCUCUUUUUGUUGUUGUAUAAAUAAAAAUAGCUUAACCUUACCUAGUUGGGGAACACCACUUUAAUUUUGUACCAAUGACUGUUGGCCCAUGUUGCAUUAUUUUGCAUACCACCAAUUAAAGGUUGAUCGCAUCACUGGUUUCUGUUCUUUGCUCCAUUUUAGUGUGGAUGGGGUUUCUUACAUCCCUUCAAAUUGAUAAAUGCCCAGUAUAAGGAGUUAUCCCCUUAAUAUUUCUGCACCACGUUCCUCUGUGUGCUUGUUUCCAAAGAUUGUGUGAUGAGUCAUUACAAUAUUUGAUAGGAAUUGCCGUCAGAUCAGUUAUUAACUGAAGACACCUUCAACUCUGACAGUCUCUUGGAAACGAGCUUUGCACCUAUUUAUAUUAAGAUUUUUUGUUUCCCUUGGUCCAAUAUUUUUUUUACAUUUUUUUGUUUGUAGGUGGAUUCCCAGAGCUAUAACACUGCAGAUGAUACAAUUCCUGGGCCAUCAGUUGUCUAUCAGGAGGAAGGUCUGUAAAAGUGAUAAUAUUUUUUCAGCCCGAAAGCCGUAUGUAUCUUCAUUAGUUCUUGUCUAUAUGAUAUUCUAGGCACUUUUCUGUUAAUGCUAGGUUUAGGUCUAGGUCACUCAACAUCCCGGGAGGGGGAGGGGAGGGUGGUUCGUCCUAACAAUACACUCAUGGGGAUGUGCUGCUGGAUGGGGUCACAUUUUCAUGACUGGAUUGACUAUAAUGGGGUUGCAUUGUCAAUAGAGUUACUAGAAUGAUGUCGCACAUUUUCGGGAUUUUGGGGUUAGAAAAUUUAGGUUGGUAGGGAUUUAAAUUGGGAAGAUUUUUAUUGUAUUUUAGUUUAACAAAGGUGUCAAUUCAUUUGAAGGUGAUUUAGUUAAAAGGCUGUAUAAGGUCGAUGCAUAAACAGCUAGUGACUAAAUUGGGAUUGUGAAAAUUAUAUUUGCCCAAAAGUGACUAAUAUGGGGUCUAUAAUUGUGGGGUAGAGGUUUUGAUAGGCCAGCGGCACAUACCCAGCAAAAAUUAACCCAAGAAGGCCCUCACAAUAAAAAUAUCUACAGUGAUUAACACAAAAGAGUGUGCCCAGUAUAAAAUUAAAGGAAGGUACCCACCUAUCCCUCCCCUCCUCUAAGAUUUUGCUCAAAGUGAGAAGUAAAUGUUAAUGUUGGGUAAGGGAAGGUCGGUGAGCAGCUUUCCAGAGUCUUACACUGAUGCAUUACAGAAAACUCAGUAAAACACUUUUUCCUUCUAAAACUGAUAAUAUCAUAACUGUAUAGCAAACCAGGUGUAUUUUCCACUAUGAUAUUAACUGUUUCUGCUGUGUUAAGUCAUUGUGACACAUAUCUUUUUCGCCAUUUUUCUUUCUCUAUCCUUAUAGACUCUGAUGAAGAACCACUUGUACCUAUUGAGGCCGAAGACUCAGAAUCCGAUGUAUGUUCUUACUUAUUUUCUGUAACUAUGACACUGGCAAGACCGUAUAAAAAUAAUAGUUUUAUAGUAGCUGUCCCGUGCAGUUACUAGGGAGCUUUAGCAACGACAACGGCGACAGCAGCGAGAACGUCACUAUUUAAAAGACUUCGCUUUUUUAAAAAUCUGUCGCGAUUAUUCCGACUCGCGUAAAAUCUCAAAUGUAUGUGACUUCCCCUGGAUUUGAAUUCUUAGGGACUGCUGUCUGCACCCAAGUUUAGGGGGAGAUAGAGGAAUCUGUCGUGGUGUGUUUACGUCCUCCUUAAGACGUCGCAUGAGGGAAUGUCACGUCGUAGUCGUGCGAAUGUCACGUCCUAGUCGUGUAUCGACGACAAAGAAAGUACGAAAAGUGUGCUGCACGUGCAAAGUUGUUGUUUUCCUGAUCAAACCUAUUGCUUUUUUGACGUUCUCGUUGGCUUCGCCGUCGUCGCAUCUGAACGUCCCUUUUCUAGGCAAAGAAGACGGUAAGAACAUCAGGGUCGUUUUAAUAACAUUAAAACUGUUUCUCUUUGGUAGGAAAAUUGGGAAGAAGAUCUUGAUGAGGAAGAAGCCUCAGAAUCAGAAUCCAAAGAAGAAAGUGAGGAAGAGACUGAAGAAGGAAAUGAUAAAGAUGGUGAUGAUUACGAUGAGGAUGAUGUGGAAUCCGAGGAGGAAAGUUAA